AUCUAUCUAGUAAACUUAGUAGAUCUAGUUAGAUUCUAGAUCUAACUGUUAAUGUUAAACUAAUAAAGUUAAUAAACUAAGUACUAAGUAAGUCUAAACUAAGACUAUAGUAAUAGAUCUAGAUUCUAGAUCUAGUCACAAUUUAAUAGUAAUAGAUCUAGAUCUAGCCUCUACUACUAAACUUAAGGAGAUUACAAGGCUAACAAGGCAGAUGAUCACUGCAAAUAUAUUAAAGAUUAAAGAGGAAGGUCCAUCAACAUUUGAUGGAUGAAAUUGUUCUUUCAAAUUAUCAAAACUUUGCAAAACUUUGCAAAUAGAUAAUAAAAGUCAAGAAAAAUUAUAUCUACAGAAGAGAAAUUCAAAACAGAUUCAUACAAGUGUUUUUAAGUUUUAAGAGUCUGCAAUGAAAUCUAAAGUGAUGUAAAUCCUAAUAAUAGCACCUUUGGCGAGUUUUGUUACUUGAAAAACACAGUUUAAAAUUUUUAUAUUUUCUCUAUAUGAUGGGAAACUGUAUUGUAAAUUCCAAAGAAGCGGAUUUUAGCAACAUUCAAUGUAAAACAGAUGCAAAAGGCAAUGACAAGGCAAAAAAGUCAAAAAAUAAAUAUGAAGAAGAUCCAACAAAUGGAAGCUCAAAAGAAACUGUUGUAAAAUCAGAAGCAAUAGUUCUUGGAAAUCAGAGUCAGCAUAUAACUAAUGAUAUACCAAAACUUUUAUAUGGUAAAACAGUUUUAACAGCACUGUAUGACUACCAGGCAAGAACAGAAUCAGAAGUCUCUUUUGCAAAAGGAAAUACAAUGCAACUCUUGGAUAACUCACAUGCAGACUGGUGGCUGGUUCAAACGACUGAUGGUAGAGAAGGAUAUGUUCCUCAUAAUUUUGUUGCAACCUCCAACACUUUAGAAUCACAAGACUGGUAUUUUGGAAAAAUAACAAGGAAAGAGGCUGAGCGCACAUUACGACUAUCAGCAUUAGGAUCUUUUCUGAUUAGAGAAAGUGAAACUGAACUUGGAACUUACGUUUUAUGUGUUCAUGAUCAGGAUCUUGCUCGUGGUGACUGUGUAAAACAUUACAAAAUAAGAAAGCUUGAUAAUGGUGGCUGCUAUAUAACUUCCAAAGCUGUAUUUUCAAAUCAUUCAGAACUAAUCAGGCAUUAUCAAUUAAAAGAAGAAGGUCUUUGUAGAAAACUCAAUUUACCUUGCUCUAAGCCCAAACCAGUCAUGCAAGAUCUUUCUGUUGAAACAAAAGACUUAUGGGAGAUACCUAGAGAAACACUAACUCUGGAUACAUUAUUAGGGUCUGGUCAAUUUGGGGAAGUUUAUAAAGGUAAAUGGAAGGAAACAACUGAUGUAGCAAUUAAGACAUUAAAGCAAGGGUCAAUGAGUGUUGCACAUUUUCUUCAGGAAGCUCAGAUAAUGAAGAUGUUGCGUCAUGAUAAACUAGUUCGUCUGUAUGCAGUGUGUACUUUAGAGACACCAAUAUACAUUGUCACAGAACUGAUGUCUAAUGGUAGUCUUUUAGACUAUCUACGCAGUGACAAAACUAGAAUAUUAACUCUCAUAAAUUUAAUAGACAUGGCAUCACAGAUAGCUAGUGGCAUGUCAUACCUUGAAGCAAGAAACUUUAUCCAUCGUGAUCUAGCUGCACGUAAUAUUUUAGUUGGAGAAAACAAUAUCGUCAAAGUUGCUGACUUUGGAUUGGCUAGAAUUUUAGACAAUGAUGAAUAUAACCCUAAAGGAGCGCGUUUUCCCAUCAAGUGGACAGCACCUGAAGCAGCCUUACGGCAGAAGUUUUCAGUAAAAUCUGAUGUGUGGUCUUUUGGAAUAUUGAUGUAUGAGCUGAUGACUCGUGGUAGAAUUCCCUAUCCAGGUUAGGCAUGGAUAACAGAAGUGUACUGGAUCAGAUUGAACGUGGCUAUAGAAUGGAGAAACCUAUUGACACCCCCGAGAGUAUAUACCUUAAGAUGCUGGAAUGUUGGCACGAGAAACCAGAGCAACGCCCAACAUUUGAACAUCUUUUUGUUUACCUUGAUGACUAUUUCAUAUCUGUUGAACCAAAUUAUAAGGAUGCAGACUGAGAUACA